GUAUCGCACUUGCGCCACCCGAAAUUUACCUAGAUUUCCGGUUGUCAGUCGCUGAGCUGUCUUGUAAAAUAAAGAGCGUCCACCAAACUCGAAUCCCUGUGUACAGCUUAUUUGCUUAUCCAGUUUCUCCGCCACCCACCAUUUCUCCCACCACAAGAGUGGUAGUGAAGUGAGUUUUGGGGGCAGAUAGUGAGAGCUGCUCCAAUGGCCUGCUCAGCUGCCCCCGCAAUCAACGCCCUGGUCUCUUCAAACCCUAGAGCCCUCUCUGCGAUUCCCAUGGCCUCCGUUUCAAAGCCCUUCACUCUCCAUACCUCUACCAUUCCCGAUUCCUCCUUCACCGCCCUCCGCAAGCCCUCCCAUGCUCCCCUCCCUCGAUCCCUCGCCUCUCGCGGUUCCCAUUCCAGACGCAGCUUCGUCGUUAAUGCUAGUGAAUUUCCCCUGGUUGGAAAUGUAGCACCAGAUUUUGAGGCAGAGGCUGUUUUUGAUCAAGAGUUCAUCAAGGUUAAACUCUCCGAGUAUAUUGGGAAAAAGUAUGUGAUUCUGUUUUUCUAUCCACUGGAUUUUACAUUUGUUUGCCCCACAGAGAUCACUGCUUUCAGUGACCGUUAUGCUGAUUUUGAGAAGUUAAACACAGAAAUAUUAGGUGUUUCUGUUGAUAGUGUGUUCUCGCACCUUGCAUGGGUGCAGACAGACAGGAAGUCUGGUGGGCUUGGUGAUCUGAAGUAUCCUCUGAUUUCUGAUGUUACCAAGUCAAUUUCAAAAUCUUUUGGUGUUCUAAUUCCAGAUCAGGGAAUCGCAUUGAGGGGGCUUUUCAUUAUUGACAAAGAAGGGGUUAUCCAACACUCCACCAUUAACAAUCUUGCCAUUGGCCGGAGUGUUGAUGAGACGAUGAGAACCCUCCAGGCCUUGCAGUAUGUGCAGGAGAACCCUGAUGAGGUUUGCCCUGCUGGAUGGAAGCCUGGAGAGAAGUCCAUGAAGUCAGAUCCCAAGCUUAGCAAGGAGUACUUUGCAGCAAUAUAGGGGAUAUAAUUGGGACCUAGGAGCAAAUUGACUGUUGGUUUGAGGGCGCUUUAAGAAAGAGUUCUAAUUUUGUAUGAUGGUUUUUUCAGUUGCUCAAGUUUUGAGCAGCGGUUUCUGAGAAUAAAUGUGUCGCAACUACACACAUCGUUUUUUUUUUGUUUGCAUUAAUGCAGCAAAAGCAAUUCUCUGUU